AUGGCGGCUAGUUUUGUCCUGAGACCCAAAUUUCUCGUCCGGGCCGCAGUUCUCUCUGCUGGUGCCUUUGCGGCAACCGGACAGACGGCACAUGCAGAGGAGGCAUCAGGUUCUCCGUCACAAUUAACUGGCCUCCCCCGCAAGCCAAUCUACGAUGACGACCUUCCCACCGAGUCCGCGGCUCCGUCCCUCAUCCACGCAGAACCCUUCUCUCCAUCCACGAAGCGUGGUCCCACCCCGACCGAUCGCCUCGCCUCCUAUGUCAAAGAGGUCCGGUUGCAACUCUACAACGGCGCCUCGGCCACCGAAGAUUACACCAACAAAACACUCACAUCCGCCCUCAACAUGGAGAACACGAUAGCCACCACCAUCGCGUCCCUCGCCCCUCCGCAAGGGUCACAAGAGCGCCUCGUCCCCGGCCUCCUAACCGUCCUCCUCUCCGUCAUGGGCUCGUCAAUCCUCGCUCGGAACCGAAACAUCUUCUUGCGCGCCUCGUUCCCGGUCGCCGUGGGUGUCGGAACCAUGUCAUACAUUCUACCCGCGACAAGCCGCAAUGUCGAAGGGUUGGUGUUGAAAUGGGAAGAGAAGGUGCCGGGGCUGAAGGAGGGGCAUGAGGCGACGAAAGAGCGGGUAGAGCGGUUCAUUAGCACCGGUAGGGCGCAUGCAGGGAUGGGUGUGGCCAUGUUGGAAGAGAAGAUUGGCGAUGGGCGCAAAGCGGUGGAAGAAUGGGUCAGCAAGGGCAGGUAG